UUUAUUAUCUUAAAUAUUUGCUUAGAAAGAUAUUUUAUUUAUAAUUUAAUGAUAGAUAAAAUAAUUAACCAAAAUAAUUACCGCGAAAAUUCGAUUGCAACCUGUGCAUUAAAUUUUCAAUGUAUUUUAUUUCGAUGGAUUUUGUCUAGAGUGUUGGAAAAAUAUUGUAAAAUACUUAUGAAAUAUGCUAUUGGAAACUACUAAUGGAAAUAACUACUAAUGGAAACAACUGUUAUGUGAUUGCUAAAAAAUAAAAUCAAGUUAAGAAACCACGAUUUGAUUGAUCUGAAUAUGACAUCUCUCGCGACGACAUCCACAAAAAGACCUCCUCACAGCAGAAAUGUUCGGCAAGGUAGUCUUAUUGAUUUGGAUAUUGAUAUGUUUCUCAAGAUAUCAAAUUAUGAAGAUACAGUCAGGCAGCUUGACAUCUAUUAUGGAAUUGUCAAAAGACAAUUACUACGCUAUCAAAGUUGUAUAACAGGUCUUUUUCCACAAGUUUCAAACGAUAAAGUAGUUGGAAGUGUAAGAGAAAGUAUUUAUUGCGCUGCUGCUGUGUGGAGUUUGUAUCAAGCAUAUAGGCGUAUAGAUGAUGAUCGUGGAAAGUCUUAUGAACUUGGACAAUCAGCUGUAAAAUGCAUGCGUGGAAUUUUAGAAUGUUGGGUGAAACAAUCACCUAGAAUAGAGUUAUUUAAACGCAAUCAGUGCGAUCGCUUUGCAUUGCAUUGUAAAUUUUCUUUAGAUACUGGUGAUGAAAUUUUUAAAGAUGCUGACUACAAUCAUUUGCAAAUUGACAUUGUUUCCUCAUAUUUGAUAUUUUUAGUACAAAUGAUUUCUUCAGGAUUGCAAAUUAUAUAUACUCAAGAUGAAGUAGCGUUUAUACAAAAUCUGGUGUAUUAUGUGGAAAGAGCAUAUCGUACACCAGAUUAUGGCAUGUGGGAACGUGGUAGUAGAUAUAAUGAUGGCACACCUGAAAUACAUGCAAGUUCAAUUGGUAUAGCCAAAAGUGCUCUUGAAGCUAUUAAUGGAUGCAACUUAUUUGGAGAAAAAGGAGCUUCCUGGUCAGUCAUAUAUGUUGACAUUGAUGCUCAUAAUCGAAAUCGUAGCAUUUUCGAAACGAUGCUUCCAAGAGAAUCAAGUUCUAAGAGUGUAGAUGCAGCUUUAUUACCAACAAUAUCUUUUCCUGCAUUUGCCACUCACGAAGAAAUAUUAUAUAACGAGACGAAGGCGAACAUAAUACGGAGAUUAAAAGGCAAUUAUGGAUUUAAAAGAUUUGGUAGAGAUGGAUACAAAACAGUUAUAGAAAACAAAGAUCGACGAUAUUACAAAUCUGGUGAAAUCAAGGUCUCUGAUGAAUUUGAUCAUAUAGAAUGUGAAUGGCCAUUGUUUUAUAUAUUUAUGAUUAUUGAUGGUGUUUUUAAAACCUUGCCAGAACAAGUGGAAGAAUAUCAAAAAUUGUUAAAAGAACGGAUAUACAAAGAUAUUAAUGGAGAUCCUGUAAUACCUAUGUAUUACUAUGUACCUGAGGAAAGUUUGGAACUAGAAAGAAAUGAUCCUGGUAGUACAUAUCGAGUACCAAGUGCUGAAGGAAGAGGACAAAAAAGUUCAACAGAUACGGAACAUGGACCAAUGUAUUUGUGGAAUCAAGCUAUGUUUAUAAUUGCCCAACUACUUACUGCUGGUUUAUUACAUAUUAAUGAAUUAGAUCCAAUUAGACGUUAUCUUCCUUCGUACAAUAGACCACGAAAAGCUGGAAGGUAUUCAGCUUUUCAAGGUACUCAUACUGAUCUUGUAGUACAAAUCGUUCUUAUUGCUGAAUCCAUGCGAUUACAAGCUAUGAUGGCAACAUAUGGUAUACAAACGCAAACACCACACGAAGUGGAACCUGUACAAAUAUUGUCAUCUACACAAUUAGUAAAAGUUUACGAAAAAUUGGGUGUAAAUAAUAAAUUAAAUCUACGAGGCCGACCAGCAAGGCCAAUUGGAUCUUUAGGUACAAGCAAGGUUUAUAGAGUAUGUGGUAUGACAGUACUCUGUUACCCUUUAAUAUUUGAAGUGUCAGAAUUUUAUCUGUACAGAGACAUGGCUUUAUUAAUCGAUGAUAUUAAAACUGAACUUCAGUUUGUAGGCAAAUAUUGGCGACUUUCAGGUCGACCUACUGUGUGUCUUUUAAUACGAGAAGAACAUAUGAGAGAUCCACAAUUUAAAGAAAUGCUUGAUCUUUUUGCUAUGUUAAAAAAAGGAUAUUGUGAUAAAACAAAAGUACGAAUUGGUCGUUUGCAGAAUCUCAUUUCAUCUUCGUGUAUUGAACAUUUGGAUUUCAUAAAUACUAUAGAAACAGAUCUUGAACUCAAUCAAUUUAAACAAUUAGAACAUGAUUAUAUUGGAUAUCAGAGUUUAACAGAUGUACCUAAAGCUUUAACUUAUUCCGAAAAUAUAAAAGAUUAUUCUUAUUAUGUAAAUGAACCAUUAUAUAAUAUAUUAAAUGAAAUUCGUAACAAUAAAAGCUUAUAUACUUUGUGUCAACUUUAUGGCAUUUUGCUAAAACGGGAAGGACUUAACUAUGACAUUAAUGGAAUGACAGUUGGAGAUCACUUAAGAUCAUUGUAUCAACAAGCAGGGUGUCUUAGAUAUUGGAUGGUUGUUCGUUACUGUAGCAGUUUAUUGAAUCAUACAGUUGAUAGUAUAAGUCCUUUUAUAACAGGAGUUCUUGUUAAAGGAAAACAGAUAACAGUUGGAGUAAUUGGACAAGAAGAAACAGUAUUUGAUAAACCAAUGACACCCGUAGAAAUUCAGUCAGUUAUGUAUUCUACAAUUCAACCACAUAAUGUAGUUCAAGCAGUACUUCAACAAGAAGUAUUAUUGUACUGUGGUCGACUUAUUGGAACAAAUCCAGAAAUGUUUAAAGGAAUAUUAAAAAUUCGUAUUGGAUGGGUUUUAGAAGCAAUAAAACUUUACUUACAAAUGGUUGUUAAAAAUCCUAAACCAAUUGAGAACUAUAGUCCAUUUGAAAUUCGCCAAUUUCUUAUAAAAGUAUUAACGGUUAAAGAUUGGGCCAACAAUGAAAAACUUACAGUUCUAGGGCGCAGAAAGAUUGAAGGUUGUUUAUGCAGAGUGCCCGCACAUUUUUACAAUCAUGUUUGGGAAGUUUUAAUGCGUUGUCCGGAUGGUAUUUGUGUUAAUGGACGAGAAUUACCUCAACAACCUACUCUGUCUAACAUGACUCGUUCGGAACUUACAUUUGCUUUGUUUGUCGAAUCUUUACUUCAUCAUAUACAAUUACCAGAAUAUCGUCAAAUUAUUGUAGAGUUACUUACUAUAGUGUCGACAAUUUUACUUCGAAAUCCAGAACUAAGUUUUCAAAAACAGUUAAAUCUUAAUAAACUUGUUGAAGAUAGUUUCCUCAUGUAUUGUAAGGAUAAUAAUUUGGAAAAAUCUGUUGAUCAGUCACUAUUUUUCUCUACUCAUUACUCAAUAACUACAGGAUAUCUUGCUAGAGCUGUAGUUAACAAUAUGCUUACUGGAGGAUGUUUUGCAACUAUUAAUGAUAUUAAUGAUGCGAUUGAAAAUAGAGAAACUUGCAAAAUUGCAUAGUGGAAAAAAUGGAAUAUUGUUUGUAAACAUAUUAAUCAAAGUUGUAUUUAUAUAAGAAUAUUGUAUUUUCUUAAUAUAUAUGUACAUUUUCUCAAUUAAAAACUUGCUUUACAUAAAUGAAAUAUUGAAAUUCUAGGGUAUGGUAAAUCUAUCUAAAAAUCUGUAUUCAUAUGUUAAUAACAUAUAUUGUGUGUUAUACAUCAAGAUAUUUUUUAUAACACACAAUAUUUACUACAUUACAUUUUACUACAUUACACACAAUAUUUACUACAAUAUUUACUACAUUAUAUUUUACUACAUUACAUUUAUAGAUUAUAAUAUUGUCUAUAAAGAAUUUUCACAAGUGUACAACCUUAAUCAUAACUUAUAUAUAACUUAUAUAUAACUUAAUCAUACUACAUAUUUAGAAUCAUCUUUUAGCGAAAUUUGUAUCCAUUGCUCUUCCAGAUCUUUGUAUAUUAUUUAUAUUAGCUUUAAUUCUAGAAGCAACAGUACCAACUUCUGCAGCAGCUGCUAAUUGUUUUGUAACAAAAUCUUGAUUAUAUAUUCUUCUACUAUCCAUUUCUUUCUUCUCCUCUUCACGAUAUUUUUUAACAUUUCGCUCUCGUUCUUCAUCCCUCCAUGUUGCAUUUGCUAUCAUUUCUUGCCUACGUCGUUCUUUUUCUUCUUCUGUAAGAUUCUGUUUCUUUUUAAAAUUCCAUCUAUCUUUGUUCCUAUCUUCUUUAUGGUGUUUUUUAAUUACAUCAGAAGAUGAUUUAAAAUACGUUGUUUCUUUUUGAGUAUAUAAUUUGUUUGGGACAUCUUUAUACCUAUCCUUAGUAUCGUACUUAUUGUUAUAAGUAUUAUUUCUUCUAUCUUGAGGACUUCUUGAGCGAAAAUCUUUGUCCCUGCGUUUACUUUUAUCUCUUUUAAAUGUUCUAUCUUUUCUAUCUUGAAUUGAAUUAUCAUCAGUUUCUUGACCUGUACUGUGUGCUCUAAUAUAUUUUCCAUGCGACUUAUGCCUUCUUUCUUCAUCUCUGUCAGAUAUUAAAUAUUUUUCUUUACUAUAUUUCUUAACUUCAGUAUUUUUUUCUUUACUCUUAUUUCUCUUCCUUUUGUUCUUUUUUAAAUGACCAUCACUUUUAUUUUCUUCACUGCUACUUUCUGAUUCGCUAAUACUUGAAGUAUCAUUUUUUUUUCUUGAUUUCCCCUUUUGUUUACGUUUUAUCUUUUUCAUUGAUUUUAUUAAAUCGUCAUUGCUAAUUUUAUCUUUCAAUUGUUUAUAUUUAGUAGCCAGCAAUAGAUCCAGUUGUGCUUCAUCAUCACUAUCAAUAUCUUGUAUAUUUCUCUUCUUCUUUUUUCCGUUCUUACUUUUCUUUGACUGUUGUUCCAGCAAUUGUCGUAAUUGCUUUAAUUUAACAGGAUUUUUUAGCAAUUGACUUCUUGUUUCCAUUUCCUUUUUUUUAAUAGCAUAUAAAGGAUCUUCUUGCAUUUUUCUUGCUAAAUCUACUUGUUCAUUACCAGAAAAGAAACGUAAUGAUGGAGGAAUACACUCUGUUCAACAUGAUUUCUUGGUGCUUGAUUUAAUUCAUUAUCCUUUUCUACUUGAACCAUUUGUUCAAAUGAUUUAUCAAUUGGUCGUCCAAGUAAAUACUCUUCUCUAUUAAUCAAUUGAUUUGGUCCUUUAUACAUCCAAUCUAAUUUUUUGUCAUCCUUCUUUUCUAUGACACCUUGUUCCAUUGCAUACUUUUUCAUAUCCUCCCGAUCUUUUUCCAUUUCUAUUUCUUUCUUUAGUUCAGCUAUCUUUUUUUUCUCCUGACUUUGUUGCUGUUCUGCUUUCCAAACUUUUUCUAUGUUCUUCAUCGUGGAUGGGUGCCACGAUUUCUUUAAAUUCAAAUCUCCUCCACCCAUCUCUAACAGAGAAUAAGACACAAAAUGAGAUGUCUUUUUUUAUUAUCCAGAUUUAUUAUAUAUUUAUUAUAUAUUUAUUUAUUAUAUUCUGUUUUACUGUACGUAACAAUAAUAAGUAGUACUGCGAUAGUAGUACUGCGAUAGUAGUACUGCGAUAGAUACUGCGA